AUGUACGAUAUAUCAAAUAUAUUUAAGAGAUGUAUAGAAGAAAAAAUAACAAUUCUUACAGGGAGAUCAAGUAGAGCAGAUAGAUCCUAACUCAAUUCAAGCAUGAUUAUGUCUAGAGUAAAGACUAAAGAUUAUAGCUUCUAAUUUAAUGAAUCUAAUUCACUCAACAAAUAUGAUUUAGAAUUAUCUUACUAAACAGAAUUAGAAUACAACCCUAAAUUUCUUAUUAAAAAUAAAGAAAAAAAAGAAAUUCUAUCUGAUUGCUCUGAAUGUUAUGAACUACCAAAAAUAUCACUACUAGAUCAACAGCCAAUUAAAAAACAUUCUAUGAGUAAUAGUUAACAUGAUUCAUCUGGACUGACAACAAGAAGAAAUACAUAUAACAAAUAUAGAACAUUUUCUAAUCGUUUGAAAGCGAUGAAAGUUGGUUAUUUAUCUUUAGAUCCUGAUAGUACUUACACUUAAGAAAUUUUUAAAUUGCUUUCAAACUCAAGUGUCUAUUAAGAAAUUACUAAACCAUAAGUAAACUUAUUCAUUAAGAUUUAGUUAGUAAAUUAUUUAACCAAGUAAUUAGGUUGUUAGACUAGUGUUUAAAGAUUGGUUAAUUUAAUGUAAUUACCUUAUUCAAUUACUUAAGCAGUCUUUCGAUCUUUUUUAUUUUAAAUCAGAGAAAUGACAUAACUAUGUAAUAAAUAUUCUAUUUUGUAGAAAUUAUUUAACUAGUUUUUAGUUGUUAUGAUACAAUAUCUAAAACUUAUUUAAAUACUAGAGAUCUAUUUGAACUAUUUAAAUCUGGAGGUGCAGCAUAAAAAGAUGCAAAUAUUAUCUUUAAAUAUCUUAGAUAAUAGGCUAUUAGAAAUCCAUUUGAAUUAAAUUCUCGAAUUUCAAUUUAAAAAAAAGCUAGACAAAAACCUUAAAAAUAGAUUGUUAUUACAAUGGUGAAAGAAAAAGCUAGAAGGUUAUCUGAGUUCCAUACUAAUAAAUCCAAUUAUGAUAACAAUGUUAUCACUGAAACAACUUUUUUAGAAAUCUAUUAAAAUACCAUUCCUGAAUUUUUUAAAUGUCUUGUCUAUUUAUUGGCUCAUUAUAAUUGUGAUUGA